AUAAAAAUAGGCUCUUCUGCUCACCAUGUCCACGCCAACCAUUGUACCCAUGUGUGCUAAUCCAGUUUAGUCGCAUUUAACCCCUCCCUUUCUGUACCGUGGCAAUUCCAGUGCUCACUGUGAAGCAUCUUACACGGUGCGUCACUCUUUCACAGUGAGUUCCAGAUUACAAUCACUCUUUGGAUGAAGACGUUUUUCUUCAGAUCCCCUGUAAAUGUUUUACCUUCACUCUAAACCUAAGCCCGCUAGUUUUGGAUAGCACUGCCAUGGGUUAAGGUUUCAUACCAUCUAUGCCUCGACUUUUGGAGCAUGUCCUCCAUCAGGUUCCCCGCAUCCUCCUUCAUUCCACGUAGAGCAUGGUGGCAGGUAAAGCCCCUGUCUCAUAGCUGCAACUACAUGGGUUAAAUCCUGAAUUUGGCUACUUUCUACGUGGUGUUUGCUCAUUCUCUCCGUGACCUGCAUGGAAUUCCCAGAGGUAUUUGCAUCUCCUGAUGAUUACGCAAUGCUUAAUUCUGUUCACAACUCUUCAGUAAAUGAAACAGUCUACUUGCAUGCAGCAAGACCUAGACAACAUUCUGAAUUAGGCUGAUAAGUGGCAAGUAGCAAUCAUACAUAGAAAAGAAAUAGAAAUACCUUCUUCAAUUUCUGAGAAAUUAGCUAACUAAUUGAAUUAACUUAACUAACUAAUUCAAUGCAUUUACUGUCAAUUAAUUCCCACCACUAGCAUCCUACGGACAUCAACUUGCCACACCAAUACAGGAGAAUAUAGCAAUACAUGGCUACAAGACCAAUUCAACUCUUGCAAUCAAAGGGCUUCACCUUCAAUAUUACACAAUGCUGAGUGUGAUGGAGCACUCUCCACUUACCAGGACCAAUACAACUUCAACAACCUUCAUGCAGCUUGACACUCUGCUGGCUCACAAUUGAGGUGGCAUAGUGGCCUAGCUGGUAGAGCUGUCACCUCACAGCGCCAGAGACCCAGGUUUGAUCCUCACCGUGAACUGUGCUGUCUGUGUGGAGUUUGCAAGUUCCUGCUAUCACCACAUGAGUUUCCUCCGGGUGCUCCGGAUUCCCCUCACAUCCCACAGAUGUGUGGGUUUAUAGGUUAAUUGGCCUCUGUAAAUUGUCCCUAGUGUGUGGGGAGUGGAUGGGAAAGUGGGAUAACAUGGAACUAGAGUGAACAGGUUAUCUUUAGUUGGCAUGGACCUGAAGGGCCAAAGGGCAUGUUUUCAUGCUAUAUCUUUCAAUUAAUCAAAAACUGGGUUCAAUCCUGACUACGGGUGCUGCAUGCAUGGAGUCUGUAUGAUCUCUCGAUGAUCUUGUGGGCUUUCUCAUUAUCCUUUUCCAUCCCAAAGAUAUGCUGUAAAUGAGUUGGCUCGACCUGUGUGGGAGAGAAGAGAGCAAUAAGGAGGCAAUGGGACUGAUAGGACUGUCCUCUUGACACCAACAUGGAGCUGAUGGGCCAAUCUGUCUCCUGUGUCACUAUAAUAGAAGAAAAAGCAGCCUGCCCGAUUAGCAACCUUACCCAACACCCUAAACCUUCCCUCCCUCAUACACUGUGUUGCCAACUUUCGCUGGUCUCUCCUGAGUCAGACUUCCUAUUCUCCCUCACCUGGUGCACACAUCUGACCCAGGGCCGGAUUUAGAUGAAGAGAGGCCCUAGGCUAUUCCACUUGUGAGGCCCCUCACAAUCCCCUAUGUAAGGUCCCUCCCAAUCAGCCUAUGAAGCCUAUAGGUAAAUCCGGCCUUGCCGAGGCCCCCUUAGUUCUCAAGGCCUUAAGCUUAAGCUUGUGAAGCUUAUACGUAAAUCCAGCCCUGAUCUGACCUGAAACAUCAUCUAUUCCUUUUCUCCAGAGAUGCUGCCUCCAGAGUGCCAUCCAUUUUGGUGGCAAAAACGGGAAAGCAGACUAUUAUCUAAAUGGUGGCCGAUUGGGAAAGGGGGAGAUGCAGCGAGACCUGAGUGUCAUGGUACACCAGUCAUUGAAGGGUCAGCAUUGAGCUCAUACCAAUCGUUGGCUUUGACACAGCUGUCUCCAGUUCCCACUACAAGGAUUCCACACUUUCUGUCCUCCAGUACCACUGGCUUAUUAUCUCUGGAGAGUGCCAGCAGCGAGAGCAACAGUGACCGGGUUGUCACUCGGUUUAAGAAGCCCCGGAGAUGCCGCACCAUUUUCACCGAACUGCAGCUCAUGGGUCUGGAGAAGAAGUUCCAGAAACAGAAAUACCUCUCUACUCCGGACAGAUUGGACUUGGCACAGUCACUGGGAUUAACUCAGCUCCAAGUGAAAACCUGGUACCAGAACCGAAGGAUGAAGUGGAAGAAGGUGGUGCUGAGAGGAGGGCAGGAGGCUCCGACCAAACCCAAGGGGAGGCCAAAGAAAAACUCCAUCCCCACAACAGAGGAGGUGGAGGCUGAGGAAGAGGCCAGGUCAGCACAGGAGCAGCAACCAUGCCUAACCUGAGGGACGAGGAACAGACGACGUUCUUUCACUCUGCGAGUGCCCUGGCACAGUGGGCACUGGCUGCAGUGGUGGCGAGAGAAUGCAGGAGUACCAGCCUGCUGCCCGCAUAUCACAGCAUGUAAAUAAUGACCUUAAUUUAAUGCGAGCUGGGAAUCAAUGCUCUGUGUAUAAGGGAGAUUUAAAUAAAAUAUUGUGUAUUAUUCUGCUAAAGUCACUGUUCCAGUACUAUUGAUUUCACCGGUGCAAUCAUCGGUUCUUUCAUUUUUGAUUAAAUAUGUGCUUUAUUUCCCUUCAGUUGUGACUUGGUGUCCAGCAGUGUUGUGUCAGGAGGGGCAGGGGGUGGCGGCUGUGAGUGAAGCAGGUCUGGGCAGUGAGAGGGCCGUGUUGAGGGUCAGUACUUGUCCCUGUCCACCCAGUACAGGGAUCUGAAGAAGCGUCUCGACCCGAAACGUCACCCAUUCCUUCUCUCCAUCGAUACUGCCUGUCCCGCUGUUACUCGAGCAUUUUGUGUCUUUACCGUGCUGUUCUGUGUCUAGGGUGCCAUUCAGAUUAGAGGAGGGAAAAGGAACCAUAUAACCAUAUAACCAUAUAACAAUUACAGCAUGGAAACAGGCCAUCUCGACCCUUCUAGUCCGUGCCGAACACAUAUUCUCCCCUAGUCCCAUAUACCUGCGCUCAGACCAUAACCUUCCAUUCCCUUCCCGUCCAUAUAACUAUCCAAUUUAUUUUUAAAUGAUAAAACGAACCUGCCUCCACCACCUUCACUGGAAGCUCAUUCCACACAGCUACCACUCUCUGAGUAAAGAAGUUCCCCCUCAUGUUACCCCUAAACUUCAGUCCCUUAAUUCUCAUGUCAUGUCCCCUUGUUUGAAUCUUCCCUACUCUCAGUGGGAAAAGCUUUUCCACGUCAACUCUGUCUAUCCCUCUCAUCAUUUUAAAAACCUCUAUCAAGUCCCCCCUUAACCUUCUGCGCUCCAAAGAAUAAAGCCCUAACUUGUUCAACCUUUCUCUGUAACUUAGUUGCUGAAACCCAGGCAACAUUCUAGUAAAUCUCCUCUGUACUCUCUCUAUUUUGUUGACAUCCUUCCUAUAAUUAGGCGACCAAAAUUGUACACCAUACUCCAGAAUUGGCCUCACCAAUGCCUUGUACAAUUUUAACAUUACAUCCCAACUUCUAUACUCAAUGCUCUGAUUUAUAAAGGCCAGCACACCAAAAGCUUUCUUUACCACCCUAUCUACAUGAGAUUCCACUUUCAGGGAACUGUGCACAGUUAUUCCCAGAUCCCUCUGUUUACCUACAUUCUU